GGCAACUUUUGACAAUGAAGCGGCAAAACAACUCCAGCCGGCGGAUUACAGCAGAUGCUGUUCGGUUUUCUAACGAAAUUUAAUAAAAUAGAAAACAAAUCUGUGAAUAUUGCAAAUAUACACAAAGGAAUUGCAUUUUAUUAAAUAGUUUACGAACUGACAUCACAUUAUGGAUUCUUCAGGGGUUUUCUAUCCCGUACAGGCACGAAUCCUGGAAAUACUGAGCCUCCCACCGAUGAUGCGCUGCCCGGAGCUGGGAUUGCUUAUUGAUCGAGCCAGUUUGAAGGAACUGCAGGACAUUUACCCGACGCUCAUCAACUCGAUUUUUGGUCUCAGCGGCGGGGGAAGCGGCUGGGGCUUUCGGAUUAUGACUCGUGAUACGCAUCCGCACGACUUCGAUGUGAUGUACAAUUUUUUCAUCCCGAUAGGAGGACCCAUGUUUCGGAUGUGCUAUCGGCUGCUGACUGAUACACUGAAAUACGAGCUUCCGAUAUCGUGUCUUCCGCACAAAAUGCAACAAAUCAUCGAAAGCGGGCGUUAUUCGGCUUUUUAUAGUGACAUUAUAAACAUAGAUCCUUUCAGGAGGCAGGUUGUGUCCCUGUCAUUGAAUGCAUUUGACUAUUUUAUGUUCCAUUUUGCGCUGCAUGGCACAGUGCCGUUGCAACUUCUCCACCCAGCAGCGCAAACUCUUGGAAACGACAAGGCCAAAACGCUCUAUCUUAUUCUGACAGCAGAGUACCUGUGCACCUUUUUGCCCAGCCAUCCGGACUCGAUUGUCCUACCGCAAAUAGUGAGCGGAAACAUUAAGGUGGCAUCGCCAGCUGCCAUUCCAGUUAUGACUCCCACAAAAUCGCCAAAAUAUCUGCUCUUGUCGGCCAUACACCAUCACACGCCGACUGCAGCUUCAGCAUCGCACCAGCGAUCGGUCAAUGCCAGUUCGAUUGAGGCGUCGAGAGCUCAUUGCUGGCGCACUGAAAGCGUUCUCUACAUUUUCAUCGACUGUUGGUUGCGACUGGAUGUGGACGAUUCCCGCGAACUGCCCAGCAACGAAUUCAUCCGAUGUGUUCGGAUUCUCGUUAAACAGUUGCAUGCAUUUGGCAACAGUGCCGAAAUGGAUAACAGUUCCAUGGCUCUACUAAGACAAUCGGCUCAACCGCUGAUGAAUGCCCGCAUGUAUGGUUUUCUAAAAUCUUUGAUGGCUCGUUGGCCGCUCGACAGCUCCUUUUCGGACGUCCAGGAACUGUGGCUUAGCUACAUUCAACCGUGGCGAUACGUAUUCAAUCGCGACUUAAGUCAAAAUAUGGACCUGCCAAUAACUCCACGACACGAAAGUUUUAUCGCAGAAAACUUGAUCGCUUACACGCAGAUAUUCGUUCAACUCAUACCACGGUUUGAACGAAUGGAUUUGACCACCCUACGGAACGUUCUGAUGUUGUUCCGUUUGUUGAAGGUAUUCAGCCAGAGUAAUUUGAUGGACUUACUGUGCCAAAACGAAGUCAUCAUGUCGUCUAACAAUAACGUGCCGUUGAACAAUUCCACGUUCAAUGUGUCGACCUCUCCCGGGAAUCAGUCUGGUGCUUCGAGCCGUAGCGCUGGCAAUACGAGUGGCGGCGCCGGAUUGAGUCGUUCGUUCAAUUCAAGUGGCGGUGCCGCAACACCGGGUAGACCUGGUACGCCCGGAAAUCGUUCGACAGGGGAGCCCUCGGACGAUAGCUAUGUGUUUCUUUUCGGAGAACUGUUUUCUCUGGCGAUUGAAGAGAUGCUGAAGAAAAUCUAUAUGUCGAUGCUGGUGGCGAAGGAAAACCUGCGUCAGUUGCAGCAGGAAAAGAAGAAUCGUUACAAGGGGGUUCUCAAAUAUUUAUAUAAUAUAUUCGGUUAUUUCGACCAUGAUCCAGAGUAUGCUGCUAUGCUGAGCGAUAGACAAAAGAUUCCGGACAUUUUGGACGUUGUCCUGCAGUCGAUGGCGAGGAUUUUCCAGAUCCCUCUAACUGAAGAAUUGUUCCAAGGCGAAGCCAUGCAAAUAGACACACCCCCAACGGCCGAUUAUCUCACCGAUACCACCUGGAACACAACGAUGGACUCAUCCCCAGCGAAUCAAACGUUCCCGCUGACGCCUCAACAGAUGAAGCUUCGAAAAAGCACACUUCGCUACACCGGCGAUCCCGCCCUGCUGCCAAUAACCAGCACCGAAUUUACCUUCUUGGUUCGCUUCCUACACCAGCUGUCGUGUAAACUGAACCUCAUGUUCGGUGGUGAAAUGAAUGACCUCUGGAACCGCAACGAUCUGUGGGGUAAGCUGAGUCGUCAGAUUCUGAGUCCUCCGAUGGUGUCGCAAACGUUUGACAAAUCCCAAGGAGUUUGUAUGCUGAAACAGGAGAACCUGGGACCGAGGUUAUGCUUGAGGGUGCUGGCCUCGUACAAAUCGUCUUUUGUGAUCUUAUUCUCGUUCUUUUUGGGAUAUUUGCUGUUUAACGCCCCGAGCUACGGUUUUAUGCUGCUCGUUUCAACCUCGUUCUUCUACUUGGUCUUCAAAUCAUUGCUGUGUGAUUUGUUGGAAGUGCGAACCGAGCCCAGAAUCAUCAACAGAACAGGUUAGUUAAAAUAUAAUUUUUGUAUUUUGUAAAAAAAAAGUUUAUUAGGUAUCUACGUGAGUAUUUUUUACAUGAAAUUUAAAAUAAUCGAGCUAAAUUGCGCUACUACCAGAAAUAAACGAUUGCUCAUUA